UUCUCUCUCUCUCACUCACUCAGACUUCAUGCCCAACCAGCAGCCAGCGCCCAGCCCCGCCGUCGCCGAACUCUUCUCCUCUACGUCGUCGCCUCUGGACUUGCAGAUCGAAGCUUGUGGCCGUCUUCUCUACGUCCGCAUAGUCUCCUCUUCAAUCCCGAUCAGUUUGAUUCCUCCCUCGCUGGUAAGUUUGCUCGAUCCUCGUCUCUGUCUUGCCUUUCCUCCCUCGCCGUCAGCUUGGUUUCUCUCUCGCGGGUUUCGUUCCUCUGUCACCAUAUAACCUUGAUAAUGAACGUGGAUGGUGAAUUGCCGAAUAUAAAGAGGUGGAUUGUGUUGUACCCUGUUUACAUGAAUUCUAAGAAGACGAUGGCAGAAGGAAGACGAAUUGGACUCAGCAAAGCUUGCGAGAAUCCCACGUGUGCUGAAAUUGGCGAUUGCUGCAGCUAUCUGAAACUCCCUUUUGCAAUUGAGAUUGACAAGGCUUACCCGCGUGAUUUCAUGCAAAAAGGGAGAGUGAGGGUGUUACUAAAGAAGGAAGAUGGCACUCUUUUUAAUCCCACUAUCUCAUCCAGAAAACAGCUAAUGCUUCGUGUUGCAGACAUGGUACCCAAACAUCAUGGAAGGACAAAGAAGCAGGAGGCGGCUGUGUCAACAUCAAAUGCAGGAGCUUCCAACAAAUCUGGGAAAGGUGGAAAAAAGAGGAGAUAAUAUUUAAAAAUAUUAUCUUAAUUAUUGGAUGUAUUGUUGUAGGGGUAAUUUGUCCUAAUUGAGUUCAAGUUUUACCACCCGAAUGAGUGUCCAUGUAUUUAUGAACCUUCACCAAACAGUUUCAAGGGUCGUGCACUUGAUUAUAGGACAUUUUAUUCAUAUAAUCCAAUAUUGGUAAAACUCUUUUUCUUCCCUUUUGUGGAGGGAAGAAUCACAUUAUGUUUGUGCUUUACAACCAAGAAACAACUAAUAGAACAUGCAUUUUGUUUUUUCUGGACCCA